AUGGAAGGGAUCAGUGAGGGACAAAAACGCAUAAAAGAAGGGCAAGAAGAAAUACGAAAAAAGUUUGAAGAAAUAGAAUCUGAAUGCCACAAACUCAAAGAGGAGACUAUGAACAUAGCCAAACAGAGCGAUUGCAACCAGAUCAGGAUCAAUCUAAUGUUUGGCAUUGUGAAAGCACGUCAAGAUAACAACUUUGCCCAGGCUGAUCACCUUACUCAGCUCCUCCGAAGAUACAAGAAUAGAGAGCUAAGCGUAACAAGAGGCAGAAGAGGAAAAAUAUCCCUUAGGCAGGCUAAAAAGGACUGGCUCAUGGCUGUGUUAAACAAUGAAAAAGUCCAAUAUUCCCACUGCCGAACAAUAGACCACAGGUCCUACAAUGGCGGUGAAGAGUACAAUAAUGGGGGAGUUCAGUGUUCAUCUGGACAGUAA